AUGGCGUUGCUUAUUGCGGCGGGAAUCGGGGGAUGUCCAGCCGCUCUGCUCCGUCUUCGAUCCCCGUUGAGACCACAAGUCCUACCAACACCGUUUGAGAUCUCCACCUCGUCAACUGGCACGGCCACCAGCACCAGCUACUUCACUCCUAAUAACCCCACGGACAAUUCCAGUCUGUUCAUCAUCAAUAAUCGCACCCUGAAUUACAAAAUCCGCUGCUACCAGAAUAUCUCGGAUAGUAUGUCAUUCAAUAAUCCGCAGAUUAUCAAACUUGGACAGUUUCCGCAGGAGUGCAUCAAAACGUGUGCGGCACUCAACUACGCCAUUGCGGCUGCAUUCGCGGGGGAAGGGAGAGGUACCGUUCAAGGAUCUAUGCAGUGGCUUCGUGUAUUCCUACCAGAGCAGGGAGAGCCUAUAAACUGA